GCCAGAGGGAUCGGACAUGGCCCAUCACAUCCUCAUCACCGGCCUUGCUGCUCUGUUGACGUCGCUAGAAGUACAGACAGCGGCUGGUGUGACGACUCCGGCAGGGCGGGUAGCCGGGCUGGAGUUGGACGUGCUCGGGACGACAGUUCACGCCUUCCUGGGAAUCCCGUUCGCACAGCCGCCAGUCGGAGAACGGCGGUUCAGACGGGCCGAGCCCAUGGAGCCGUGGGACGGGAUACACAACGCAACAAGGAAGCCAAGUGCCUGCGUUCAGGAUCUCGCCUUCUACGGAAGAGAAGAUAGCAUCUACAGCACCUGGACGCCAAACGGACCAAUCAGCGAGGACUGCCUGUACCUGAACGUGUGGCAGCCGACUCCGGUCCCCACAGGAGCCGCCGUGUUGGUCUGGAUUUAUGGGGGAAGUUUUCAAGUUGGGUCUUCGGCGCUUGAUCUGUACGAUGGGAAGCACCUAGCAGCCGCGGAGAGAGUCGUCGUUGUGACCGUGAACUACCGAGUCAGCACGCUGGGGUUCCUAUACGCUGGGACAGAGGGCGCUCCUGGAAACGUGGGGCUCACGGAUCAGGCCAUGGCUCUCAUGUGGCGGGUGAGAGAAAACAUCGCGUCAUUUGGAGGCGACCCCGGCUUGGUGACACUUUUUGGUGAAAGCGCUGGCGGAAUCAGUAUCGGGUAUCUUCAGAUGUCUUCGGACGACAGAGACCUCUUCCAUCGCAGCAUCGUGCAGAGCGGAGCCGUGACGAUGCCGUUUGGACGUGAUUCCGCAUCGGCUGCGUACAACAAAACAGUACGCUUUGCGGGAAGUGCUGGAUGUCCUUCUGACAAAGGUACGGACGCUAUCAUCGCUUGUCUUAGGGAUAAGGACGGACGGCACCUUGUGGACACAUCUGUCUUGGGAGAUAUAGCAUUCUUCCCUGUCAUCGAUGGAAGCUUCCUGAUAGAAAACCCCGCAGAUGCUCUCAAAGAUGGCAACUUCAAGAACGUUGAUAUUCUGAUUGGUUCUAACACAAAUGAGGGACCUUUAUUUUGGACUGAAGAUCUUCCUGAAUUCAGCAGCAACACUAACAGUAUCAUCACCAAGGAACAGUUCAUCAAAGCAAUCCGAUUCUACUUUCCUAGAUUGAACGAGUUCGCAGUGGAUGCAGCUGUUUACCAGUACACCGCGUGGGCGCACCACGAAGAGGAGGCCAUGUACCGGGAUGCCUUUGACCUUCUCUAUGGAGACCUCUUCGCAUUUUGCCCCGAUGUAAUCACAGCGCGUGCUCACGUCCGACAGGGUGCGGCGACAUACAUGUACGAGUUUUCUCACCGAGCCUCGAACUCGGCAUGGCCUGACUGGAUGGGGGUGGUCCACGGCGCGGAGAUGGAGUUCAUGUUCGGCUGGCCCCAGGAUGCAGCCCUGGGGUAUACCGCGGAGGAAGUGGACCUGUCUCGUAGGAUCAUGCGUCACUGGGCAAAUUUCGCUAGAACGGGUAACCCUAACAACAACAACGAGACCACAUGGGGCGCCUUUAACCAGACGGAUGGCGGGUACACGGUGUUGGACACGCAUGCGCCCCGCAUGAAGACUGGUCCGAGGUUCGCCGCCUGUGAUUUCUGGGAGCCACGUCAAACCGCUCAUGGCAAAGACAGAUGUCCUGAUGAAGGGUCAGUCCUGUGAUCCUGUUACACAGUCUGACGCCCGUGCUGACAACAAAACUGCAUUUUGGCUACUGAGUUUGAGUCUUUCUAAUUUGAUCGCUACGUACUUUUUCACCCUGUACUCCUAGUUUCUUUCAAACCAAGUAGCCUGUGCUGCUAACGUUACAAUUACGUGUUCUAUUUUCACAAUACAAUCA